AUGUCCAAAUUUAUUGGUGUUGGUUUGAUGACUAAAGACCUUGGUGUAGUGGCUAUAAAAGUUAAUUUUUUUCUUGAACCACAUUUCAAUUUGGAUACUAUUGGGUUAACUUCUAUAAAUUUAACAGCAUCAUUUAGGCAUCUAUUUAGCAUCUAUUCCAUCUUGUCAAAACAGAAAAGAAAAACCCCAAGAAAGACUAUUCACAAAAUUAUUGUUGAAGAAGAUACCGAGGAAGAUGAUUGUGAGGAUGACCAGGAAGAUGAUGGCCAAGAAAAUGAUGACCAGGAUGAUGAUGACAGGGGGGAAGAAGAUGACAAAGAAGUCAAUGACAUGGAAGAGACUAAGGAUAAAAACACAGACAAGGAAGAUGGGGGACACAAUGAAGACCAAGGUGUAAAAAAAUUGGUAAUGAUAUAG